AUGCUGGGUUUGAGAGUUUCAUAUGAGAUUGGACGGUUGCAAGAUUUGGUUGAUGAGAGGAGGAGACUGGUGGAGGUGUUAGGGUUGACGCCUUCCAAGAAUGACACGCUGCGGUUACGUAGUCAGUUGGGAAACAUGGUUGAGCUGUUUAAGGGUCAGAAUGCUUCUGAUAUUGCUGAAUCUGUCAAGAAAUACAACGCUAUAGUCGAUGAUGCUAGGGAUAUCGUCGACGACGUUGAGUUAGAGAGCUAUAAGUUUGAAAUUAAGCAAACUGAUCCUGAAGUCUCGCCCUCGGUUGCAAACAACGAUGAGGUGCAUUCAGUGAAGAAGGUGAGGUUCAGUGACAACAUGGUCUCCUAUAAGGACAGUACGGAAGACACUUCAGUAGAGGAGACGACGUUCCAACCUUAUCAUGAUUAUGAAGACUCGACAAGAGGUGUUGAGCUAGCUCCUAGCAAUAACUUGUUGCCGAUGGCGUCUAAUAAAGAGUUGUUCAUUGAGCAACAGCAACAACUGUUAGAGCAAGAUACCCAUUUGGGCACGCUGGCGGACUCGGUGGGUCGAACCCACGAGAUGUCUGUGGAUAUAAAUAGAGAGAUUGAAGACCAGCAUCAUACUGUGCUGUACGAUCUGGAGAAUUUGAUCGAUAAUAAUGGUAGGAAUUUAAAAAGAGCUAAGAAAAGAUUGGAAAUAUUCGAAAAAACCGCAAGGGCAAAUGGACCUUGUUUCAUCAUCAUUAUUCUAGUAAUGAUCCUAUUGUUCCUGAUCAUUGUCCUGUAG